CCCGGACUCCCCCUACCGAGCCCGGGCCCCCGGCCCCGCCUGGGCGGGCCCGGGUCGCCCACGGCAUCCCACGGCAUCCCACGGCAUGGCGGACCUGGGCGCCGCCUUUGGGGCAGAGCGCUUGGCAAAGCGCCUCAGGCGCCUGGCGGACAUCGCGGAGGAGGAGGACCUUGCGGUGGACGUCUAUGGCGCCAGCGGCGCUCUGCAAAGCUUCGAGGCGGAGGUGGCGCUAGACCUCGGCAAGGAGGCGGGCCUGUGCUUCCCCACGGGCACCCUGGCGCAGCUGGCGGCGCUGCACUGCCACUUCGAGGCCAUGGCUCAGCCGCAGGGUCGGCUCCUGCUGCACCCGACGAGCCACCUGAUCCACCGCGACUACCUGAGGGACGCCGCGCGGCAGUCGCAGGAGGUGGCGGCCAAAACGCGGCAGGCGCUGCCCAUGUUCCGGGUGCAGCUGGUGGGCCACUUUGCAAAGCCGCUGGCGCUCAGCGACCUGGAAGGUGUCUUCGAGAGCGGGGAUGUGCUAGUCGUUGAGUUGCCACAGCGGAUGAACGGUGGGCGCACACCGAGCUGGCCAGAUUUGCAAGCCUUGCGAGCGCUGGCGCGGAAGGCCAAAGCUCGCUUGCACCUGGACGGGGCCAGGCUCUUCGAAGCGCAGCCGUACUACCAGCUGCCCGUGUCGAGCCUCUGCGGCCUCUUUGAUUCUGUGUACCUUUCCUGGUACAAGGGUUUCGGUGGCUUGGCCGGUGCAAUUCUUCUCUCCACCAGAGACGUGAUCAGCUCGGCCGCUCGCUGGCGGACGCAGCUGGGCGGCAAUGUCUUCACCUUGGCCCCAGGGUGGAUGGAUGCGCGGGCGCAGUUCCGGCUUUACAAGGACUCCUUCGCGGGCCGCUACCUCAAGCUUUGCCGCGUUGUGCGUGCAUUGAUGGAGGAGGAUGCGGUGAGAGAGGUGCUCCGCUUUGAGCCGGAGGUGCCUGAGGCGUGCAUGGUCCACGGCUACGUGAAGGCCGCAGAGGAGGAGGUGACAGCGGCCCACGAACGGGUGGUGGCCAAGUCCCAGAUUCGGCUAUGGAACAAGCUGAGGGGGCCAGGCUUCUUCCCGGGAGAGACCUACUUCGAGCUGAGCAUGGGCCCUCAGAACGGGGCCAUCCCAGAGGCUGUUUACCUGGAAGGAUGGCGCGCGCUCGCGGAGGAUCUAAGACGCGCCAUGCAGCACUUCGUGGCGUUUCAGCGGCGGUUUCCGGCGGCGGCCUCGGCGACGGUGGGCUUCACGGUCAUGGGCCUGGGGGACGCCUCGGUGCAGGCGAUGGAGGGCGGCUCUGCCUAUGACCCCCAGCGGGGUGUGGUGGUGAGCGCCUACAACGGAGGCAUGUCGCCGCUCUUCUACUUUUGGUGGCAGUACCUGGACAAGAUUUGGGCGGGCACUUCCCUCGCCGCGGUGGCGAGGAAGACCCUCUGCAACCAGGUGGUAAUCGCGCCCUUCAACAGCGCGCUCUUCCUGACCUGGAGCACUGCUCUCGGGUCCUGGAUCAAGAGCUCGGAGCACUCCACGUCAAGCGUGAGAGAGAAGGUGACUCUGAAGCUGAAGACGGAGGUCCCGGAUCUGGUGAAAUCCUCCUGUGGGUUUUGGCUGCCCGCGAACGCGGCCAACUUUAUGUUUGUGCCAAAGCACUUCCGCGUGCUCUUCAUGUCUUCCUGCGCGGUCCUUUGGGGCGGCUACAUCAGCUUCGUGGCCCACCGCUAG